CUCCUGACCUUCUGCAGCCGCAAUUGAUUCAGGUCGUUCCUCUUCCCUACCCUCUAGCGACGCCGCCAACGGCAACACGGCACUUGUCCGGCUACAGCGCCACUAGAAGUGGCCUCCGAGGAGCCAGUUGAUCCACCUAUGAGGUAGAAAGGUUGGACGGUGCCAUGCCGCCACCCGCAGAUGUCUACCUCCGGCCGACCCCCGCCUCACGAAGCUCAUCGUCUUGAUCUGCCUGCUCCUAAUCCGGAUGAUAUCGUGCCUCUGACCCUUCCAGCCACCUUAAUUCCAUGUUCCCCAUCUAUCAGUUUGAUGUUGAUUUCUUCUCUUCCUUCCCGAUCUUGCGUUCUGUAUGUUCCCAUCUGUUCGUUCUAUGGUGAACCUGAUCUGCUGGUUUAAGGUGCGAGCGCUUACUCUUCAGUUUCUGGAUCCGGUUUCAGGAGUUUCGAUCUGCUGGGUAACCAAUCUUCAGUUUCUGGAUCCAUUCAUGAUGUGUCACGCACCGGCGACGCUUAAUACAAGUGUGACUUUGUAUUUUCCUCUGUACAAGAAUCUGCAACCUUCCUACUCCAGCAGCUGAACCUCUAGUAGCAUGGUUCAUGGCAAGGCGGUGUUCAUACUGAUUUGGUCAACUAAUUUGGGUAAAACUUGGAGGCUGGUUUUGGCAUAUUGAUUUGGGAUUUCUUUACUUUAAUCUCCGAUGGCUGCUGGACAGUUUAUUACUACGACAUUUGAGGAAUUCUUCAGUUUUGAAUCUCUGGUGGAUAGUGGCUUUUAAUUUUCUUCUAUAAUUCUCUAUUUGUUGAUCUGAUUUCCAGCAUGCUCCAAGUAAAAUGGAUCUUUGCGUUCAAUCGAUUAUCUCAGGCUCUGAUGGCUCGUCCAAUGCCUCCAGCGGCUCUCCAGCCACCAGCUCCACGGCAGUAUUUUGGGAACAGGCCUUCUUUCUCAUAUAAUGUAGUCUCACAUGCCAAUGCUAGCCUGCCUACUGGUCAGCAGUUUCAACUUGACACUAGGACAAACCAUGCUGUCCAAGUCCCUAUGUUUGCUCCACCAGCAUCCUUGCAACCUCCUGCUCCUGGGCAAUUGCCUCGCCCAGGUGCACCAUUCCCUGGACCUAUGGCACCAAAUCCUCCUGCAUCUAUUCGGUUGCCAUUUCCAGUGCCACCCAGGAUGCCCAAUAUUCUUUAUGGUGCAAACCCACAACAGGGUAACCUGGAUGUUGGUGCUUCCAAGUCGGAUGCCCCAAGUGCCCCAGAGGUAAGUCCCCAUACAGUGCAGUCACUGCCACCUCGUCCUGAGGGAUUUGGGGCUGUUGGGGGUUCUGCACCUGGACAACGUCCUUCAAACUUGUCAACUCCACCAAGCCUCCUUCAGAGGCCUACAGGUCCAGCCCCAUCUUUGCCUCAAACAUCACCAUCAGGUGCUGCACCAGGUGCUGUUCCACGGGCAACUCAGCAACAGUUUUAUCCAUCCUAUCCUUCAGCCCCAUCCUAUCCUUCAGCGCCUGGUAAUCCACCUCAACCUUUAUGGGGAUAUCCUCCACAACCUACUGGCUUUCAGCAGGCUCCCUUCCAUUCAUAUCCACCGGGCUCUCUUGGACCUCUUGGUACACCAAUGGUUGGAACUUCUUCUGUGACUACAUCCUUGCCCAACAUCCAACCACCAGGCAUUACAACUGGUGAUCCCAAAGAACAACCAUCCGUAAAUCCAGGAUCUGUGCAGUCCAUUCAUACUUCAGUUGAACAACAUCCAACAGGGCUGGAGGACAGAAGUAUGGCCGGAGUUCAGGAUUCAGAUGCAUGGUCUGCACACAAAACAGAAGCCGGUGUUUUAUAUUAUUACAAUGCCUUGACAGGGGAAUCAACUUAUCAAAGACCACCUGGUUAUAAGGGGGAGCUCGAGAAGGUUGCAGCUCAACCAGUUCCAGCUUCUUGGGACAAAAUUGCUGGCACAGACUGGAGCAUAGUAACUACAAGUGAUGGAAAGAAAUAUUACUAUGACAAUAAACAAAAGGUUAGCAGCUGGCAACUUCCGCCGGAGGUGGCUGAACUCAACAAGAAUGCUGAUUCUGGCAACUUGAAAGGAAGUUCAACUUCACUGCAGGAUGCUGGCACAGUAGCAAAUAAGGGAGAGGCGAGUGGUGAAAUAAGUACUCCUGCCUUACAGACAGGUGGCCGUGAUUCGUUGCCACUUCGGCAAACAGUUGCCCCUGCAUCGCCUUCUGCUUUGGAUUUGAUAAAGAAGAAAUUGCAGGACGCUGGUGCUUUCAGUGUGUCCUCUCCUCUUGCUACUCCAUCAUCUAGUGCAUCCGAGUUGAAUGGAUCUAAACCAGCUGAUGGUGCACCUAAGGAACAGCAAGGUUCAAAAAAUGGUGAGAAAUCAAAGGAUAACAAUGGCAAUGAAAAUAUGUCAGAUUCCUCUUCAGAUUCAGAUGAUGAGGAACAUGGACCAAGUAAAGAGGAUUGUAUUCGUGAGUUUAAGAAAAUGCUAAAGGAACGAGGAGUAGCACCAUUUUCAAAGUGGGAGAAGGAACUGCCAAAAAUAGUAUUCGAUUCACGAUUUAAGGCUAUUCCAAGUCACUCGACUAGACGGGCUAUAUUUGACCACUUUGUUCGGACACGUGCUGACGAGGAACGAAAAGAGAAGAGAGCUGCUCAGAAGGCUGCCGUUGAGGCAUAUAAACAGCUAUUAGAAGAAGCAUCUGAGGGCAUCGAUUCAAAACCAGGUUACCAGGAUUUCGAAAGAAAAUGGGGUGCUGACCCAAGAUUUGUAGCCUUGGAUAAAAAAGAAAGGGAGGCUCUUUUCAAGGAGAAGGUGAGGGCUCUUGAAGAGAAAGUUCAAUCAGCGCGAAAUGCUGUCAUAACUGACUUCAAAUCAAUGCUUCGAGAAUGUAAGGAUAUAAUCCCAACUAGCCGUUGGACCAAAGUGAAAGAAAAUUUCCGGAGUGAUCCAAGGUACAAAGCUGUAAAGCACGAAGAGAGAGAGAAUGCUUUUAAUGAAUACAUAGCAGAACUUAAAUCAGCUGAACGGGAAGUGGAGCAAGCUGCAAAGGCCAAAGUGGAUGAACAAGCCAAAUUAAGGGAGAGGGAACGCGAAACUCGCAAAAGGAAAGAAAGGGAAGAGCAGGAAAUGGAGAGAGUAAAAUUGAAGAUCCGAAGAAAAGAUGCCACGUCUUCGUAUCAGGCUUUGCUUGUUGAAACUAUAAAAGAUCCAAAGGCAUCAUGGACUGAAUCCAAACCAAAACUUGAGAAGGAUCCGCAAGGUCGUGCUGUAAAUCCGGACUUAGGCCAAGGUGAGGCCGAGAAGUUAUUCCGUGAACAUGUCAAGGACUUAUAUGAGCGUUGUCGCCGUGACUUCAGGGCACUUCUGUCUGAGGCGAUUGCCCCAGACGCAGCAACUCGGACGACGGAAGGAGGAAAGACUGUGGUUAUCUCUUGGAGCGAAGCAAAAGACCUUCUAAGAUCUGAUCCAAGGUACAGCAAAGUGGCAAGCAAAGAUCGAGAGUCAAUGUGGCGACGAUAUGCGGAUGAUAUGGUGAGAAAGCUCAAACAGCCGGACACGGAGAAACCGGAUACCAAUGCCAGACAACAACAACAACGACAACAACAACGCAGGUCCUCUGAUCCGCCGAGGCGGAGGUAACUUUUAGAAAUACAUCCACUUGUGUACCUCCCUGGUUAUUCCUCUUGUCGGGUUGUUCAGGACCCCUUGUCUGUGUAACAAAAUGGCCUUGAGUUAUCAUCACCAGUUUUGAUGGCAAGAGCUCAACUGUUCCGCAACCCCCUUCCUGGUGCCAUUUUAUGCUGCCAUGUCACAUUGUUGGCUGUUGUGAUAUGAAUAUCUUCAGUUUUUUUGGUUUUGAAAGAAUAAUGUUUCUAAAGUUGAUGAAA